GAAUAUUUUCCAAAAGCCAAUCAUCCAAAAACUUAAUCAGAAAUCUCUUAUCUGAAAUUAACUACACAUACCUGAGUUGAUUUAUCACUUAACUCAGCAGUAAAUCUUUCAACUGCAUUUUGAACAUUUUUGAAAAAAUUUAAAUAUCUUAAAAAGAGGUCGAAGGUCUUUUUACUCUUCUUAAAUUAUGUAAAACAGAAGCUGAAUUAAAAAAACGGUAAAGCUCAGAAUUUUGGUAUUUUGUUGUAAACCAAAUGACUGCACUUGAAAAAUGAAUUAGUAAAGGUUAUAAUAUAUUAUAUGUUAAUUAUUCUGAUACAGCAUCAAGAUAAUCAUGGAAAAAAUACCUAAUACCUUUAACGGCUCGAAUUCUUGCAUGCCAACUUCCGUGUGAUUUAGAGGCGAGCCCUCGGUCAAUGAAGCGCUGCAGCACUUAAGCUCGGACCAGCCGCAUGCUGCGACCUUUGGCUGCAAAUAUCUAACGAGUAUAAAUACGCGUGCAAUAUCCAACCUAGAUAUUAUCAAACUUUAACCGUUGUGGUGUAAACAGCUCAAACAAUCAACAACCAAAAAAUGAAAUUCUUCGUUGCUGUCUCCUUCGUUUUGUUGGCUGUCGCAGCUGCCGAUGUCUCUCAUCUCGGUGGUGGUGGCUACAAUUACCCGGCUCCCGUUCAUGAGGAAGUGAAAUCGGAACCAAUUGCACCACAAAACACGUACCUCCCUCCUCCAGCACCACAAAAUACUUACAUCCCUCCUCCAGCACCACAAAACACUUACAUCCCACCUGCCGCACCCGUACAGGAAGCCGUUCUCUCCGAACCUAUUGCUCCACCACAAAACACAUACAUUCCACCACCAGCAGCACCACAGAACACCUACAUUCCACCAGCACCAGUUCAGGAGGCGGUGCUCUCUCAGCCAAUUGCUCCACCACAAAACACCUAUCUUCCUCCAUCAUCCUCUCGUGGUCAAGACGGUUACCGUUACAAGACCGUUCGUCGUGUUGUCUACAGACGCCGUUUCUAGAUGACUUCAUCGCUGUUGAUUGUUUAUUGUUGUUAUUAGUUAAUGUUGUUAAUGAAGAAUAUACUUGAAUAAUGCUUGAGUUCAAAAUAGAAACGUUGGAAAUUUAA